AUGUUGGUUCCUUCAAUUAUUCCACAUAAAUGUCCUCUCGAUGCAGAUUUUGAGAUUGAAUUUAUUCGUGUCAAAAAAGCAAUUCAAAUUCUAGCUGAAAACCUUGCACAAUCUUAUGAUGCGACACAACAUCCGUAUCAUGUUGAAACAGAAAAUUAUGAGCAAAGUCUUUCACACUUGAAUCACUCAACAAGUACUGCUACACCCUUAUCUGAUAAUGACUUUAACUCUAUUAAUCAAAAUCAAAACUAUGAAACAACACAACAGAAUCACCAGGCCCAUAAUCUUCAAAAUUCACCCAGUGAACAGUCUCAGCUUAGUGUUUACGGCACCAACUCAACUCAAACCCACCGUAAUUCAGAUUUAAGUCACCAAGACCUCAGAUCAUCUUUAGAAUACUUGGAAGGUUCCAUGGAAGAUUCUUUUCAGCACAUUGUACAUAAUGUACCCAAUGAUGUUGAUGGUGAUACUGACCUUUCAAGUUAUUCUGGAGAUGAAUCCGACCAUGACUACAAUUUUAUUGCUGUUCGUCAACCUGUUGAAACUCUUCCAUCUCAGCAAUGGAACAGUAUCGAAGAGAUGAACAGUUCGGUUUUUAAUGCUAUUGCUGAAAGCCGAUUAAGAGAUGAAAACUACAUUAGACGCAACCUUUCAAAUAAUUUACGGCCUAGAAGAGCUUCAAUUUCAGAAAACUUAAAGCUUUCAUCUCAACAACAAUCAAUUUAUCAACAAUCAAGAAUUUCUUCUCAGAGUAUUGUUUUUGAAGAGGAUUUUGAUUUUGAUUUCGAAAUAUCGACUGAUUACAAAAAUGAAGAAAUUGAAAGUAAUUUCAGUUUAUUUUUAAAGAAAGAAAACCAAUCUGAAAAUCAUGAAAAUCAUGAAAAUCAAGACCAAGUCUACGAAACUUACGAUGAGGAUAUAAUUGACGAUGAGCAAUCAGUUGAAGAUAAUUUCAUGUAUGAAUCAGAUUACUCAGAGGCUGAAUACGACAAUGAUUAUUGUGUGUCUACUAGCUGCUUAGGUGAAUGCUUAGGAGAUGAUAAAAAGGUUAUAGACAUGUUGGAAAAUGAUGAGCCACUAAGUGAUGUUGAAAGUCUUUUUGAUGAAAUCGAUCAUGAGCCUUCGUAUCUGAUUUCUCAGGAAUCUCAAAUUUCAGCCUCUGGUUCUUAUGAACAGGAAAGUCAAUUAAACCGACGAAGAUAUCUGUACGAUUUUUCAACUAUAUCUUCUUCACCAUUUCUAAACAACCCUCAAUCUUAUCUUUCUGGUUUUUUCCCACACCAAACAUAUUCACAGCCUCAAAUUUUUGCAGGACCCCCUACAGCGCCAAUUCACUACCAUUUAAAAGACGGAAAAAUUCACUUUCAAGACCUUGGAUGUUUGCUAUUAGGAUUCAAUCAAUUUGGUCGACCAAUUUUUGGAUUAGAAGACAAUGAAUAUAUAUCUAGUGCAAUGGUCUAUGCUUUUGCUACGAUGUUAUACGAAUGCAUCAAUAGUCCUUAUCGGAAAAUUCUUACAACUAAAAUUCAGCUUGGAUUAUUGACACCUUAUCAAUUCGUUUGUGCCUUGGGACGUCAGCACAUAUUUCAAGAUUACUUGCGUUGCGUCCAAUGGCAUGAAUUUGACCGCAUCUUUCCAGUUCAUCAAUAUCGAUUUGUUCUUUCUACUUUCUAUCAUGAAAAUACAUAUGAAAAUAUUAUUUCUAUGCAAGCUUUAGAACAACUCCUAUGGGGUAUAUAA